CCUUCUGCUUUCCUUUCUCCCUCUUUUUAUCUCCCGCAAACCAACAAUGCAAUCAAAUCAUUACAACAGAAUCCACGCUCGAUUUCACAGCGCAGGCAGAACUCUGCAAACUGCAAAGUGCAAUCUCACACACCCCGUUAUAUAUAUAUAUAUAUACUCCCAACCACUUGCUUCAAGCUCAACCCUCAUCGUCUUUUCCAAACAUUCGACCCGCGCAGAGCCCGGAAAAAGCAGUCUUUUUUAAGGAGGAGGAAGCGAGAUAAGAGAUGGGCAUUUGCCAUUCGAGCGAGCCCGCCAGCGCCGCGGACGCCACCGCGAAGCUGAUCCUCCAAGACGGCCGCCUCCAGGAAUUCGCGCACCCCGUCCGGGCCUCGCGCGUGCUGCAGAGCUGCUGCUGCGGCGGCGACCCCGCGUGCUUCAUCUGCGACGCCGACGACGUGGGCCCCGACGGCGCCGUCUCCGCCGUAGGUGGCGACGAGGAGCUCCGGCCCGGGCGGCUCUACUUCGCCCUCCCGCUGAGCAGGCUGGAGCGGCCGCUGGAGGCGAAGGAGAUGGCCGCGUUGGCCGUCAAGGCCAGCUCGGCGAUGAAGGGCGGGAAGGGUCGCGGACGGAAAUGCCGGGGGGUGGCGGCGGCGUUCUCCGGCGAGAAGGAGGGGAGGUGCCCGGCGGAGGCGGGAGGCGGCGGCGGUAAUGGCGGGUCGGUGAAACGACGGGGUGGCGGUGGAGGUAGGGGCACCGUGGCGAUUUUGAGCGCAAUUCCUGAGUAGGGGGCAGUUUGGGGAAUUCGC